AAUGCAGUCCACACUCGUGCCCUGUAUCCCGAUCCCCUCACGACUAGUUUUCCCGAUGCAGUGCCUCCGAGCCCAAGUCCAUUGCCGGACACAAACGACACGGUUGCAGCUACAGCUUUGAGAAAUCUGUCUCAGGAGAAUGAGAAUUUACGACAGACAGUGGCUGCGCUGAAUCGGACAGUGCGAAAUUUGGCUCAACAGCAGCAGGACGACCACGUCCGACUAAAACAACAAGAGGAGAAAUAUCGUGAGGAGUUGGAAGCGUUACGCGAGCAUCAAAAUCGAUUAGCCGAGCAUCAAGCCGUUCGGAAUAGACAAAUGGAACAGUUGAAAGCACCCACCGCAAAUCUUUAUUUUGCCAUGAUUUUGCGCUUAACCAAAAUCGUGGUCAAGGAGUUGAGUUUUUUCAGUGGGUAUCUGAAUAUCGGUAUUACGUAUCUGGAUUCUAGACAGGCAUUUGCGGUGAAUGCAGAAUGUGCUUGA